ACCUGAUCAUUCACCAAAACCCUACACACAAAAAAUGUCUACUACCGGAAACCUCAACACCUUCUCCGACCACCACCACCGCCACCGCCACCUCCCGCGGCGCAUCAUUCUGGUGCGCCACGGCGAGAGCGAGGUGAACGAGGACGAGGCGGUCCUCGAGUACGUCCCCAACUACAAGAUCAAGCUGAUCAAGAAGGGCAUCGGCCAAGCCCAGGCGGCGGGCCGGGAAAUCAAGGAGAUCGUCUCGGACAACGAGGGGUGGAAGGCGCUGUUCUACGUCUCGCCGUCGAGUAGGACGAGGGAGACCAUGGAGGAGAUCAUCUGCCGGGGUGGAACCUUCGAGAAGGAUCGGAUCGUGGGAGUUCGAGAAGAGUGCAGAUUGAGGGAGCAGCAUUUUGGGAAUUUUCAAGAUGUGGAGGAGAGGAGGAAGAUCAAGAGGAGCAGGAAUAGGUAUGGAAAGUUCUUCUACAGAGUUCCUAAUGGUGAAUCCAGUGCCGAUGUCUACGAUAGGGUUUCUACUUUUCUUGAAGGGCUAUGGAGGGACAUGGAAUCCAACAAGUUUAGCAAUGAAAUGAAUUUGAUAGUAGUCUCCCAUGGACUCACUAUUCUUCUAUUUCUGAUGAAAUGGUUCAAUUGGACUGUUGAUCAGUUUGAGGGCCUAACUAAUCCGACUAACUGCGAAUACCGAGUCCUAGAGCUCGGCCCCGAUGGCGAAUACAGCCUCGCUCUGCACCACCAGCUAGAUCAGCUCAAGAAAUGGGGAUUAUCUAACGAGAUGAUCGAGGAUCAAAUUAUUCGAGCUCGAGGUCUUGAUCACAAGUGUCUCGUGGGGCCCACAGACGAUUCAGCAUCGGACGACAGCCUUGGAGAUUAUUCCGACGAGAAGUUGAUGAAUUGAUAAGUCUAGUACUAAAAGUACUAGCUAGGGUUUGGUCUACUAAUUUGAUAUUGGUAUGAUUUAAUAAUAAUUGUUGUUAAUUGAUG